ACACAAUUUAUUGUUCUUAUAUACUAAAAAAAUGCCCUACAAAACUACUUGUGCAGUUUGUUUGCAGGGAAAUUAAUGAUGUAUUUCUGCAGGUUUUGGAAGUAGGCAGUUCCUGCGAGUAUGCUGUGAAGUGUGUGAACCUUGCUACUGACCAGGAGUUGGCACAGGGCUACAUCAACGAAGUGCGCCUGCUCCGCGAGCUGCAGAACUCAGACAGGGUCAUCAGGCUUUAUGACUAUGAAUACGAGCGCACGAAUCAGUUCUUGCGUAUGGUGCUGGAGGUGGGCGAGACGGACCUGUCAUCCUUCCUAAAGGCGCGCGGCGCCGGACUGCCGCCCGCGCUUGUGCUGCACUACUGGGAGGAGAUGCUGCACGCCGUGCAUUAUAUACACGAACAUGGUGUUAUCCAUGCGGAUCUGAAACCAGCGAACUUUCUUCUGGUGGCGGGGCGGCUGAAGCUCAUAGACUUCGGCAUUGCGUCCGCGAUCAGCGGCGACGCGACGAGCGUGGUGCGCGCGCAGGCGACGGGCACGUACUCCUACAUCAGCCCCGAGGCGCUCAUGGGCGGCGCCGGCGGCUACGGCGUCUCCGCUGCUGACGGCACGGCGCCUAUUAAGAUCUCGUUCCGUUCGGAUGUGUGGUCAUUGGGCUGCAUCUUGUACAGCAUGGUGUAUGGGCGCACGCCCUUCGGCCACAUCCCCAACCUGGCAAAGCUGGCCGCCAUACUCGACCCUAACCAUCGAAUCGAUUACCCGCCCGUGGAGCACCUCCCUCCGUCACUGAUCGCGGUGCUGAAGUGGUGCCUGACAUACAACGCGCGGGCGCGGCCGUCGGUGCGCGAGCUGCUGUCGGUGCCGUACCUGCAGCCGCCGCGCGCGCCGCUCCCCGCCGCGCUGCUCGACAAGCUGCAGCCACUCGUCACGCCGCAGGAGUUCCGCUUGCUCCAGCGUGCACAAGUCUAGUGCUCAACCAGUGUUGAACAGUUCUGAAUCCUCUACAAGUGAUCAUUAAGUGUGAUUAACAAAGGUGAUGUCUUUUUGUUAAAGCAAGACUCUUAUGUUGGGUCUCAUUAUUUUGUAAUGUUCUGCCAAGCAGCAGUGGUAUGAAGACUGAAGCGGUACAACUUGAAAUGUAUUAAAGCUAGUGUAAUUACUUGAAUUUAUGAAACUUAACAUCUGGAAUCGCCUGAAAAGUAAUUAACAUGUUAUCUUGUCCUGCAAUGAAGUUUUCUCUCCUAAAUAAAAUGUUGACCAAAUUGUACUUAUAGUUGUGGUACAGCAUUAGGUGAAGGUUAUUGUAAUUUGUUGGUGAUCGUAUAUCUACAGCCGCAACUGCUAAGUUAUCUCUGGGCAGUGGCGAGACUGUCACGCUGUAUGUGCAUGGUCUGACAACUGAAAUCCAGCAGAAAUCCAUUGAUGACUAAUUUUACAGCAUUUGUUAAAAGACAGCAUAAUGUCCCGCCACCACCCAGUCGGCACUCAGCUGAGUGUAGCAAGUCUUAUGUAGAUAAUUAUGGGUAGUUAAGAAUUUGAAUAAUUCUUUGUAAAUUUUGAUUUUACAUGUAAGUGGGACCAAAAUUAUAACUUAAGAUUUUUGUUUAACACAAUGACUGAUUGAGACAGCCUUUGAUAAGGUACACACCAGUUAUGUGCUAGCCACACGCGCGUUGCACCCAAAAAUACACGACUAUAGCGUGAGCCGCAGUCAUCGUGUUGAUUUCGCAUAUAUUACAAGGGCUGUAGACGACGUACUUUUAUAGUCGUUAACGCUAAUAGAAAGAGAAGAAUACAUUUUAUUAGCGAUAGCCAUCGUAGAAAGACAUCUUGGCCGCAGCGAUAUGCUACACUAUCAAAAAAUUAUAAAUAUGCAUUCAAACAUAUUUGAUUGUAACAAAAGUUGUCUAAAUUAAUUAUUUCUAUGCAAUAAUUAUUUAAUUAUAAAAUAAGAUAGUGCAUUUAUUAAAUACUUGUAAAUAUUUCUAAAAAGAAUAAUUAGACAUGGAUGCAUAAAUAUUUAUAUUACGGAUAUUUUUUGGCUAAUAAUAAAUUGCUUUGCAAUUGUUUUUUGCAUUAAAAGCAGAAUGAAGUUUAAUUGAUGUAUAAAGGCAAGAUUUCAAUUACAGUGGAUACUGGAUGGAUUAUCCAGACCUAAUUUCGCAAUUAUCCGUAUUGAAACUGCGAAAGAAACAUAAUUUUUUUUCAUAAUAGUAAACUAUAUUCCCUUGAGUACUAUAUACAACUUUUUAACCAGGAAAUAGCCAUCAAUGCGGGUGGAGAUGCCAGCAAAAGCUUAUUAUAAAUAAUUUAUAAUUAUACAAAAAAUCCUUUUCUUCUAUUUAAUUAUCCGGAUUUUUGGUUAUGCGAAUGCUUUCCACAAUAAUUAGUGCAGUAAAUCAAGUCUCUACUUUAUGGUGUUCACUGUAAAUAUAUUUAUAUUGGAUUUUAGGGUAGUUAUGAUACCAAGUUCGACACAGCUUAGUUUGGUCUGCCCGCCCUCAAGCUUUAGGUUAUUAGCUUUCCCAUGUAUACGAACUUUUUAAAUAUGCGCGUUUUAAUCGGACAUAUAUGUGUCUAAAAAUUUUAACCGACUAUAAUAGUGUGUUUAUAGCGCGUUUCAAAUGCAUUUAAUCAACCAGGCCGAUCGUCAUGUAUAUGUAUAAUAAUUAAUAUUGCAUAUUUUGCAAAUGAUAAUAUAUGUGCAAUAUUAUUCAGAGAUCACCUAUAAUUACUGAAAAAUAUAGGACAUUAUGUGUUGUCCAUACUCGAUCAAACAUCGGAUCUUAAAUUUUGAUAUGUGGAAUUGUAAUAUACAAAGGUAGUGUUUAUCAGUUCCAUUUUCUUAAUUAUGCAAACAUAGCCUCCAUAAUUCGAUAUUGAAGUUAGACACCGUCUGAUUUCAAGACAUGACUAACUCAAACCAAUUACAGUUUAUUAUUGAACAUUAGUGUUAUACAUGUAUCAGAAAUAUAUGAUUUUAAAUAAGUAUAGUGUAAUAUAAACUGAUGUAACUUGUAAAUGUAUGUAUGAACAUAAUUUAUUAAAUUGACUAAAAAAUAAA